GGGAAACCAAGCGAUAAUCAUCACUAGAUUUCGAUCGUCUUCGGUCAAUUCCCAGCUCGACUGUGUGUCGUAAAUAUUAUUGCUCCGUGCAGCUUGCAAGUGAAAACGCGUCUCUAGCACAGGAAGGAUGAAAAAGUUUCUCGUAUUUUUGAUGCUGGUUCUGCCAGCGGUGCUGCUCACGGUGAACACCGGAUCAAGCCCGUUCGCUUUCGCAGCCGAAGACGAAUUGGAUGAAGAGUUGGUGGACGUGGAAACGGAAGAUGCUGCCGUCGUAGCUGACGAAACUGAACCAGAGGACGAACCCGAGACGACCAAGUCUCCGGAUGCUGACACGUUCCUGCUAUUCACUCGGCCACUGCAUGCGACAGGUUCGCAGCUUGAACUGCCCGCGGGAUAUCCGGUAGAGUUCCUGGUCGGCUUCUCUAACAAGGGCCAAUUUGAGGACUUUGUCGUCGAAUCGGUCGAGGCUUCGUUCCGCUACGCGAUGGACUUCAGCUACUUCAUCCAGAACUUCUCGGCCGUCGCUUACAACCGCGAGAUAAAACCCGGUCACGAGGCAACCGUGUCGUACUCGUUCCUACCGACCGAAUCCUUCGCCGGACGUCCGUUUGGGCUUAACAUUGCACUGAACUAUCGCGAUGGUCGCGGUAACCAGUUCAGCGAGGCCGUGUUCAACGAAACCGUGCAAAUCACCGAGGUCGACGAGGGACUGGACGGAGAAACGUUCUUCCUGUACGUGUUCCUGGCCGCGAUCGUCAUCCUGCUGCUGGUGCUCGGCCAACAGUUCCUGGGUUCGUACGGCAAGCGAAAACGCCCGACCGCUGCACGUAAGGUCGUGGAAACGGGCACCACCAACACGAAGGAUGUUGACUACGAAUGGAUCCCGUCGGAAACCCUCAAGCAGAUGCAAAACUCUCCUAAAAGCGCCAAGUCCUCGCCGAAGCAGAGCCCUCGGCAGCGAAAGGCGAAGGCGGGUUUGCAGUAAUCCUGACUGAAGGCAACUAGCAGUAGCCGCAAUAGCCGGUCAACGGCGAAAGACUCGUCCGUACGCAAUCCAGAGCGCAAUCCUGGACCGUGUGCACUUUAUCGCCACCCCCCCAUUCAUAUCUUCCAUCCUUCUCCCCAACUCCCGAUGCCGCAGCGUCGUCGUUUCGCACAUUUCUCAAUCCAUUGUCCCGGUCGUGAGUGAUGCACAUCGUUUUCACCGUGGUCGUCUCCUCCAUCAUCCCGACUGUUCCAGAGCUCAGUAACUUAGAUUAUCCCGCUGUACACCCGUGAGACUGCAACCGAAUGUAGAGCGAUGACCGUGGGCGGAGGUUUAAGGCGAAACCAGCAAGGGAAAAAGACAGGUUUCCGCUUUUUCGUCAGGCAGCGAUCAAACGGCAGGAGAAAGCGCAGGACGUGCAGCUGCUCCUAAGGUCACGUCAUCGUACAGGCACAAAAUCUGGGCUCCGAUUUACCACUCGAGGGCUCGUUCGGUUAGAAUUAUAUGAUUAUUUCUUCACAACGUUUGUUUGUUUGUCGCGUUGCGUUAUCCGUACAGAUAGAGCAACCAGCAGCUGCCUCAAUUCUAAAAGGCAAAGGAGGAAAGUUUACUCAGCGGAGUUGAUAGGAAAUGAUUAUUCUUUUUUUUGUGCGUAGUUGACCUGUUUUUACUACUAAUUUAAUGAGAAAACGUUAAACGAGGAAUAAAAGACGUAAAAGAAA